GAUAAUUAAGAACAUUUUGACUCGAAAAUAUGAAGUAAAAAUUAUUGAAAUUUAAAAAUUCUAGACUUCCUGGGUUUAUUCUUUUUUUCCUGAUCAACGACAAAAAUUUUAAUCGUAAAUACCUGAAUUUUGGCUUUGAAACCAGUCGCAAAUUUGCAAAUAAGUUCUACAAAAUGUAAUUUGACGUAAAAAUUAACAGCGAACAAAGAAGUAAACAACUUUUAAACCAAUAAGAGAAUUUCACUCAAAUUUUACACUGAUACUCAAACGUAAUAAUAAAAUAAUCUAUGAAAUUCAAACAUUUUUGACGUUACUUUGAAUAUAAGACAUAUGCAUCUUUAAUUUGUCAAGUGUCAAUGUUAUUUUGUGAACAUACAGAAUUUUUUUGUUGUUUAACACACGAGGAAAACAUAGAUUGGAGAUAAUAAAUUAUAUAGACAAAAAUUUUGCUUUAAAUGAUUUUGCCGAUUAUUUAAUCGGAGUUUGAUUAAAGUUGCUACGUAUCUCGUUAUAAUUGCUUUAAUUAAAUUAAAAUAUUUAAAAAAAAUGUCUAAAUUUGCAAUGAAAUGAAUGACAUAAAAUGAAAAAUUAAAUUUUGAAAUAGAGUAGAUUUUUUUUAACUGUUUGUGAUCAUAAUACUUUCUUUAAUAAAACUUUGAGGAAUAUGUAUACAUACAUAUACGAAUUUUAAUCUACAAAUUCUGUAAAUGUUGAAUUUGUCCCUAUGUGAAAUAUUUUAAAACAAAGAAGGAUGUGUCCGCAACAAGAGAACGAUGUGAUCGUCCACCGUGUCGUGUAAAUGUAACCUUCGAAAUAUUUUUGUAAUUUUAUACGUUAUAUUUUGAAUGUAUAUUUUGUGAGAGUCAAAUUAUUUUUUUUGAAAAAGUAUUGUAUUUUAAUAGGAAGUUUUAAUCAUGCAUGUGAAAUUUUAUUGCGUAUUAAACUACAUGAGUGAGAAAUUAUGAAAGUUAAGAAGAAUUUGAUGUACCACACAACAUGAAUGUUUAUAACGAUAUGAGCGAGACUUUUGGUAAUUGUUUAAAUAAAAAAUAAAAUCUUGGUAAAUGAACAUCCUGGGGAAGUCGUGGAAUUUUAUCUUCGUUAGUAGUUAAUUUUUUUUAUAUACGUGUCAUAUAUAUUUUUAUUUUCAGAAUCAUCUUUAAAAAAUCAAUUCGAAAUGCAAUCAUGCAAAGUAAACAAGUCGGAAAGCAAGCCAAACAACACGCUGAAAAGUAUUAUAGCUUAUAAAAACCGUAUUUUUCUUAUAUAUAUGCUUUUGACGUAUUAUAUUUGCCUCUUUAAAUUCCUUAUAGAAAUUUUAUAGAAAUUUAUAUCUGCUAGUAUUAAAUUCUUAUAAGGGAUAUUAACGUUAUAUCAGAAUUAAUUUUAAACUACAGAAUUUUUGAAUAUCAAAAAUAGUUUGAACAAUGACAGCCAUCCAAUUUCAUUUAGAAAUCGGACAGGAAUUGGACAAAGCAGAGACCAAAUGCUUUACGUUGAAGUCGGAACUAAAUUAUAUGAUGGGAGUUUGUCGAAAGGCUCAAACGGAAAUAAGAGGAAGUAAAGAACCAUCUGACGUUUCGCUAAUAAUGUCGCCCUCUAAAAAUUCAGGCUUCAAAUCUCCAGUUGAGCAUAACGAUGACUAUAACAGCGAGAUUACAGGCAAAAUUACAAAUUGUAACAUUACUCAGAAAACUUGUAACGUUGAGCUGAAGAAUGAAGAAAAUUUUGGUAAAGGUUCUUCCGGGAUUAAAAUCGAUUUAUGCAUUUAAAUAUCCCCGUAUUCCCGUAGACCCUUUCGAUUUGAGUUCGAAGUUUGCUCAGUUUUCGCCCAGAAAAAACGUCGACGACAAUAUUACCGAGAGAUUAGAGAGUUCGAUGGAGGAAAGGCAGAAAGGAUUAUUGAACGUUACGAUUACACCGAGGUCUCAAUUAGAUAAGAAACUUCCUUGCUCGAUAACAGUGCCAAUUCCGGACGAGAUCACGGAACAUACAGAAUAUGGAAAUUAUUACUUCCCGUCGAGUACGUCGCAAGUGGACGAGGAUUAUUUCCGCUUGAUGCUAUCUUCCGCCAAGAGACAUGAUGUUGAGGAUUCGGGAUUGAACUUGGACGCGCCAAGUGUCGUAAAAGUCAGACGAAUGAAAAAAAGUAGAUCCCGAACGGGAAGAAGCGAAAUAAAUUCCGUAUACAGGAAAAGUAAUGCGAUAUCUAAAGGACGGAAGAGAAAGGCGAAGUUACAGAGUUCCAUAUCCAAGAGCACCGUUACCACCAAAGACACGGGGUUCAUUAGCAGGGAAGAAGUAAAGAAACGCCGACGCAAAGGCUCUAGCGUCCAUCAGCAAUCCAAUCUUCCAAAGCAUCUGAGAAAGUUCAAUGACGUUGUAGAAAUUUUUCAUAAUACCAAAUUAAAGAAAAGCAAUUCUCGUGUGUCCAACAAGUGCUCUAAAGAUGUAGCUAAGUAUGAAAAAAAAUUGCAUCUUCCCGAGACCAAGGAGGCUCCAAAGAAGAUUCAAGAGACAUUAAUGUUGAGUCCAAAAAGCAAGUGUCUUGAACAUGUUAAUCGCAAAGUCCACGAUAAGGAAAAUGAAAAGGAACAUUGCAUAUCCCACGAUAAGCAAAAUGAACAAGAUAAUGGGUCCCAUGGUAAAAGUAUUGAAAAGAAUCAUUGCGGCUCCCACGAUAAAAAAAAUCAACAGCAACUGCAGACGUUAAAUAAUAAAAAUAACUCAGAAGCGACGCCCGAGGUUGCCCAGGAACAAAAUAAAUCAGAAAAGAAUUCCAAAGAUCUUAGUCCAUCGACCAAGAAUGAAACGCGACAAUGCGAGCGCGCCUUCAGCAGAUACGACGAUCCGACGUUCAUGGCCAGUUAUGAAAUGCCGACUUUGGCGUCGAAAUUAAAACGCUCGUGCAGAUCGUACUACAGCAGGUAUAAUUUCCGAAACAUUCCGUUCGUGGUGGGGACCUCGGUGACCCCGAGUCACAAUCUCGGAUUAAAUAUUCAACAAGUGUUGAGCGUGAUGAAGAUGAGACAAUCGAUCGCGAGCGAUAUCACUCCGUCAUUGAUUCGCAAGGUCAGCAGGGGCAUAAAACCAAUGUCAAUUUUUCUGGAUCAGAUGAACGGUCAUUACGAGGGGUCGGUUCUCGACGUGAGCUCACAAAUGUCUGGAACGUUUAAUUGCGUUGAGAACAUCGGUAAAAAUAAAAGAUUGUCCGCGUUUAAUUUGCAACCUGUGAAUAAGACGCAAAGUGGCUGUGUGACAAAGGCUUCCGUCGAUGCAGAAAAUAUUUCUGAAAAACAGAUUAAUGUUUCUAAGCAAUCUUGUAAAGGAAAAAGCGAUUCUUGCGAUAAUAGAACUAAACAGCAGGCUUCUUCCACUGUAAGCAAAAGUAACAUCCAAGCGAGUCCUAAACAUCAACAGGGAAUAUCGUUAAAGGGUAAUAUCGGCGAUCAUAAAAUACACAUACCCGAUUUGCACAAUUCUAACGAGAUACGCGACGUUCUGAUUAAGCUUCAUGAUCAAUUGGAACAGAUGAACACAAAAUAUGAGAGAUUGCAGUCACAAGUGGACAAGUCCAGCGAUAAAUCCUUGACGAAUGAAUUGUCCGCUAUGGAAAAGGAGCUCAACGCCAAGGAAGAAGAAAUCAACGCCGUCGUUGGUCUCUACAAAGAAGUAAUGAUGCUGAAGCAGCAAAUGAAAAUGCUGCACGAAAGAAACAGUCUGGUUUGCAUAGCAACCGAGUCUAUCAAGGACACCCGCAGGAAUCCUUUUUCCUUCUCGAUGACACCCGGAAAGUCCCGCUCUAUGGAUCCGGUGCAGAUUUUAAGUCGAAGAAAGUUGUGGAAUGCCGCGCGAGAACCGCCCGCUUCCAUGCAGCUGGCCGCGUUAUUACGGCAGAUUCAAACUUUUCACAAGCAAUUGCAGCUUGUGUCGUAACGUCGCAUUGGGUCACGGUAAAAGAACUGAAAGAAAAUAGAAUAAAAUUAUUUUUUUUUUUUUCAAACCGUCUAUACAUUGAUAAAAGGGAGUUUUAGGGAGAAAAGGUAAGGACGUCAAUUAAUUUCUUCUGCGGUACGAAAGACGCGCAUUUUGUGAGAGAAUUUGGGAGGUGUUUUCUUAUUGAUCACUUCUUCCUUGCGGCAAUGAAAAAAGAACAAACAUUUCCAGCAGAUCAUAUUCCAUUUUAUUCGAUUCUGCCUGCUACCCCAUAAUAAUGUAUGUGUGUUACGAUUUUAUGUAAUUCAUGUAUACGCAACUUUCCGCCUUGUGUAUGUGUGUGUAUACCUCUAUACAUAUAAUAUAUUUAUAUAUAUGUAUAUACAGAAUCAACAUGUGUGUAUAAACGCCGAAGGUGGUUUUUCUUAGGACUCCCGUUAGAGACGGAUUUCUCGUCGUCGCGGCUCUCACGGUCGAUUGUAAUUGUCAGCUGCAGCUACGUACGACGAUAUCCAAGAGAAAUUGUUCCAAUCGUUACUGAUUUCCGUUUUUUUUUUACACUUUUUUCUUUCUCUCUGUCGUAAGAUUCUAAUCUCUCUAGAUAUGUUCGUAGAUCCGCACGAAAUAUUUAGCAAUGUUCAUUUUUUUAAGUACUAAUUAAACAAUUUGUGAUCUAGCUUGUCUCUUAGCUUCGUUAAAUAAAAUGUUCUUGCCUCCCUCUAUGUUCCGUCUUCUCUUCUAAAUUAUUCCUGCUUCUGUCUCUCUCUCUCUCUCUUUCUUCCUGUCAAAGCGUCUACACAGAAUCACGCGAUCUAUCCUUAUACGCAUUAAAGAUACUAUCCGCUACAAAAUAUACCUUAGUUAACGUUAAUAUAAAAUGUUAUCUUAGAUCUACGAUAAUACUAAUUUGCUUUCUCUCUCUCUUUCUUACUAGUGGAGGGGCGCGACUUAGGUGCACCCGCGAGAAAUAAAAACAUUCCUGUGGGCAUCAAAUACAAAAUUAAUUUUCUCUCGUGAACAGCGCAGUCCUUUUGGCAGUACGGAUGGAGGACAACAAUUCCGCGACGAAAUGUGAAAAAUAAUCUUGUCGCGGUGACAAAAGUGCUCCUAUAGUGUCAUACAUUUUUGUUGCUAUGAAGAAGUAAUUAAACGGCAGCAGAUAAGAGACUAAUUAAUUUCAAGGAUCGACCAAAUACACAAAGUGGUACAGCCUUGCUGAGUUUCUUAUUUCAAUUUUUAUUUUCAUGUGUAUUUCGAUCAUUGGCGCGCGUAUGAAAAAUUCAUUUGUUCACUUUUUCUUAAGCUCUCCGUGAUUACUCUGUCUCCAACCGUUCUCUCGAAAAAGGACUCUGCUUUAUUUAUGCUAUCGCCAUCGCUGUAGGAUCUUCUGAAAGAUAUCGCCGACUUCAAUCACUCUCUGCAAAGAAAAUGGCGGAAAAAUCACAUCUCUCUUUAUCUCGGUCUUCUACAAAAUUUUUUUUCACAAAAAGAAGAAGGAAAC